UGAUGUCCUGUUAACCGGAAAUCCCAAAAAACCACAACCACACACCUCGAUUGCGUUUCAGUUUCACUUCCAGUAUCCGUUUGAGUUUUUAAUUUCCUCGUUAUUUGUUGUGUAAAUUGCUCGAAUCACACAUCCAAUAUUUGCAUAUCCAUAUACACAGGUUUGUGAGGCAACACACAAGCCAGCAAUGUCCUCUCGGUAAACACACAAAAAAACGAACCCUAAUUUUGAAUAACUUGUUAACUGUUUAAACUCCACAAAGACACACAAUCAAACAAAAUGUAUCUAUGUAAAUUGCCCUAUAAAACGACACUUGUUCAACGUGUCGCAUAAUUAAUUUUUUGUUUGACAAAACCGAAAAUAUACCCCAAACACCCUAAUUGAAGUCUGAAGGGAUAUAAAAACACAAAAAGGAAUUUACAUUUUUACAUAUUUGUGAUAUUUUGAAUUAACUAUUAUUUUUAAAUCUUUUAUAAAAGUGACUAAAAGUAUAGUUUGAAGAUAGAUUUUCCGCUUUUGUUUAUUUCCGGAAUAAAACAAAAAUAUAUGUAACGAUUUUUAGAUCCCUAAAAAUAUAACAUGCAAAUCAAAACCUUGAACCCUUUUAUUUUCUACAUAUUAAAAUCGAAUUAGUUACUUAUAUUUUUCCAUCACACACCUAUACACUUUUACGAGCAAUUGUUUUAUGUUUUUGUAUUACAAAAUAAAUAUUGCAUUGCCCCGAUCCAUUCAAAAUCUCUUACUAACCUCAAUCAUCUCCACUCAUUAAUAUUAAUAUGUGUAUCUAUAAAUUUCCGACUGUUAUUGUUUGCCUAGACUUUUCUGAAUUAUAGUUUGGAAUGCCACCAUCUUGUGACUCUUGUCCUGAUUAUCUAGCUGCUUGUUAUUGUAGAAAUUCGAUCUAUACUGUUCUAUUCUAAUCUGUAACUAAAAACUGAUGCGAACGCUCGCGUCUUUCUGAAUAAAUUAACUAUCUUGCAUUGUUUAUUUCCAUUCGGAUUUAUGAAUUGUGUUUUGAAUCAAACAAUUUUAAACAUUGGAAACCUAUCAAUCAAUCGAUCAAAAUCAACCAUCAACUGGACCCAAUACACACGACCAACACUCAACUAUUGUAUGUAACCAAAUCGACAACAACAACAACAACCAAUAUUGGCGACUAUCUGAUCUUGCAUGAAAUGAAAUAACAACAAAAAUCGAGAAAUCCCUUGCCGUACUUUUGUAAUAAUCAAGUGUUUGGUACGACCUCGUUUUCCCUGACGGUUGAAGGCAUGGGUCCCUAUCCGCUGAGCGAUAGCACCAAUCUCCUGGGUCCCGGAUCGAGCAACUAUGGUCCGGGUGGAGUCCUUGGAUCCGGAUCCGGAUCGGGUCAGUGCUACACGAAUUACGGCACCAAUCUGCAAACGCCGCAGGCGCCUCGAAAGUGCCACUACGACGAGAUAGACGACUACAAUUUCCGACGCCAUUCGGCGCACGGCAGGAUGUCAUGUAGGUUGACCCAGCACCGCCUAAAUAAUAAGCCACCACAACCAAGCUAGUCAGCCACUGAGCCGCCACGCAGCUGAACCACUGAACCACUCAGCCACUCAGCCAAUCACGAAAAGCAUUUACGUGAAAAUGCCCAAAAAACCAAAUGCACCCAGUCGAAAAUAUAGCUUGUAAAUCAAUAUAUAGUCGUUAAUAACCAACUAGGCUAAGGCUCAAGCUGACGCUAAAACGAACCAAACGACAGUUCGGAUCUGAUGAAUCGUAGUUUAUAUUGUUUUCCUUUCGUUCCUUUAUAGUACGCAAGUGAAGGGGAAACUACUGAACUUGGGACCAACUAUCAAAAAGAAUCAAGCGAACCGAUUGGCUAAGUAAAGAAAAGUCGCACCACUCUCUGAAUACAAAACACACACACCAGACACUCAAAUCACCCACUCGCUCAAAGAUCAGAAAGAAAAGUGCCAAUAAUGCGAUUAAACGAAUACGAAAAUAUUUUAGGAAAUCAACUUUCAAAGCAGUUAAUACACACAUUAAACACUAAUUUAUCCAACCUUGAAACAUCUGUAUCCAAAAGCAUUAAAAAUCAUUUUUUAUUUUAAAACUCAGCCAAUUAAAACACAAUUGUUCAUUCUCAUGCUUCAAUAAAAAAUCCACUAAGUGUAGAAUAGUUUUUAAAAUAUAAAUUUUCAACAAAAAAAACUAUAAUUGGCUAAAAUUUAAUGAAUUACAGCUGUGGUAUAAAGUUUAGAUUUAAAUUAAUACAAAAAAGGAUGUCCCUUUAGUUCUUUUGCCUUUUCCACAGCUGUCCAAAAAAGUAUGCUACAAAAAAUGAGAAAUAAAAUCAUUCAACCAAUUCAUAAAUUAAUUAAUCAAUCAAUCAGACCAUCAAUAAUGCAGCCCUUUCGACUUCAUCAACGCCAUGUGAAAGUUGUGUUUUGUUGGUUUUUAUUGACUGUGCAUGACUGUUUGCAAGCGAUUGCAAGCGAUUGCAAGCGUUUUUAUCGCCCCCCUUCAAUUGCAUGCGUAUUAUUGGCAUGGACUUUUUGCAUGCACUGUUUUUAAUUAGCAGCAGUAGUGAAUGAAUCGCAGCUAAAUCGCCCGAAAAAAAAAAAAACAAAAACACCAGCCCGCUAAUAAAUUAAGUACUAACGAAGCAGAGUAAGCAACAAUUUGGCCCGCCGUAUUAAUUGCUUUUUUCGUAUUCUCGACUUUGGUUCUGUUCUUUGUUUUUUGUUUUUCGCCACCAUUUCGCUGGGCAGCUGC